AGGAAGCUCCUUCUUCCUGCAACACCGUGUUUUUGCAAACAUUACGGGGGCGCUUUGGAGUUUCUCUCUCCCCUGCGUAGCCUUGUCCCCCCCCUUCCCCCCCCACACUUUAGUAGUCCCUGUGCAGAGACUUUUAUGUCAUUUCCCCCUCCCCCGCGCGAGCGCCUCGUUGUUAUUUUCCCGCCAUUCAAGGUCCGACCACUCUUCCCAGAAGUGGCUGCUGUUGCCGCUUUCCACGCGAGGGCCGGGGCGGCUUCAGCAGACGCUACUGAGCGUGCUCGGCCUUUGGGAGCAUGCUCACUGGUGACCGAGCCUCCGAUUUGACGGGCGGCAGGCUUUCGGACGGAGUGCGGAAGGCAGAGCCUGUGGCCGGGCUCUGAACGCGAGAGCCUCCUGCUCUAAGGGGUGGCUGGCUGGCUAGCUAGCUAGCUGCGAGCUCCUUCAUGGAGCGAAGGGGCAGAGCGCAAGGCGACCUCCAGUCCCGAGGCGGGGGCGGUCUCAGGGGGCCGGUGCUGCAUAUUGUGGUGGUGGGCUUCCACCACAAGAAGGGCUGCCAGGUUGAGUUCUCCUAUCCUCCGCUGAUCCCAGGAGAAGGUCACGACAGUCACAGUUUGCCAGACGAAUGGAAAUACCUUCCUUUUCUAGCUUUGCCAGAUGGUGCUCACAACUAUCAAGAAGACACUGUGUUUUUCCAUUUGCCACCAAGAAGUGGAGAUCGAAGCACAGUAUAUGGUGUUUCAUGUUAUAGGCAAAUUGAAGCUAAGGCACUAAAAGUACGGCAAGCAGACGUUACCCGAGAAACAGUACAGAAAAGUGUCUGUGUUCUAAGUCAACUGCCUCUGUAUGGGCUACUCCAGGCUAAACUGCAGCUCAUUACACAUGCCUAUUUUGAAGAAAAAGACUUCUCACAAAUUUCAAUUCUUAAGGAACUUUAUGAGCAUAUGAAUAGCUCACUGGGAGGAAACUCAUUGGAAGGAUCACAAGUUUAUCUCGGUCUGUCACCACGAGAUCUUGUCCUUCAGUUUAGACAUAAGGUGUUGAUUCUUUUUAAAUUGAUUCUUCUAGAGAAAAAGGUUCUGUUUUAUACCUCUCCAGUGAAUAGACUGGUGGGAACAUUAAUGACUGUCUUAUCACUAUUUCCUGGAAUGAUAGAGCACGGUCUUACUGACUGUUCACAGUAUCGACCAAGAAAAAGCAUAUCAGAAGAUGCUGUCCAGCAGGAAGUCUCACCUCCUUCGGAUUAUUACGUUUCUCUGUCUGCUGUCACACUUUUGAAUUUUAAUGUUGGAAUGGUUGAAGAAGGUCAGAAGUUGUCAGAAAGUCAAGAAGUACAUUCUCAGAGGGCAGAUGUGCCUUCAUUCCAGGCAGAAAACAAUCACAGCGAAAUGCAGGCCAGUGAGCAACAUUUGAAACCUCCUGCACGCACUUCUCCAGAAUCAUCUGAGAGUGACUGGGAAACUUUAGAUCCUAGUGUCCUAGAGGAUCCAAAUUUGAAAGAAGGAGAACAUGAAAUUACUGCAGUAGCAAGGCAGACUAAAAUCCUUCCAAAGGAAUCUGCAGUCUCAGAAAGCAUUCCAAUUACUGUACAGCCUCAACCUAACGCAGGGCAUGCAGUGCUUGUUCCUGGACUUAUAUCUGGUUUGGAAGAGGAUCAGUAUGGCAUGCCAUUAGCUGUCUUCACCAAGGGGUAUCUUUGUUUGCCAUACAUGGCACUGCAACAACACCAUCUCCUUUCUGAUGUAAGCAUUCGCGGUUUUGUUGCGGGAGCCACCAACAUCCUCUUUCGUCAGCAGAAGCAUCUAAGUGAUGCUAUUGUAGAGAUUGAGGAAGCUCUCGUCCAAGUCCAUGAUCCAGAUCUCAGGAAAAUUUUGAAUCCUACAACAGCUGACCUGAGGUUUGCAGAUUUCUUGGUGAAGCAUGUAACUGACAACAGGGAUGAUAUAUUCCUAGAUGGCACUGGAUGGGAAGGAGGAGAUGAAUGGAUUCGAGCCCAAUUUGGCUCAUAUCUCCAUGCAUUGCUUGCUGCUACUCUACAACCAGAAAAUGAAAAAAUAUUAUCAGAUUUUGGGACAGCCUUUGUAGCAGCUUGGAAAAAUACACACAAUUACAGAGUAUGGAACAGCAAUAGACAUCCAGCUCUUGCAGAGGUAAAUCCUAGUCAUCCAUUCCAGGGCCAGUACUCUGUUUCAGAUGUAAAAUUAAGAUUAUCACAUUCUGUUCAGAAUAGUGAACGGGGUAAGAAGAUUGGAAAUGCCAUGGUAACUACUAGUCGGAAUGUUGUACAGACAGGAAGAGCUGUAGGUCAGUCAGUUGGAGGAGCUUUCACAAGUGCAAAAUCAGCAAUGUCCUCGUGGCUUUCUACUUUUACCCAGUCAACACAAAGCCUUGGAGAGUAAUUGUUCUGCAUUGGACGAAACCCUUACAUUUAUUUUGAGAAUGAAACCAAGAUGUCUUUUAAAAUAUGCACAUUUCAACUAGCAUGACGAUGACAAAUGAUCUUUAAACCUGUCUUGCUGGAUGUCAUAGUUUGCAUUAAUGCCUCCUUGUCUUUAAAUCUAAGUCUUCUCCUAGGACAGGCUUUAUUUUCCAAUGUAUGCUGGUUUUGGAUGGUGGUGAUUUACGUAAAUGUUGUAUUUUAAGUCUGGUUGUCUAGACUUAUUUUAAUAGAGUAGAACUGAAUCAUGCUCCAGCUUUGAGGCAGAAAAUUUGACUUUGGGGCUAACAUUUCAAAACAUGAUAUUUAUAUAAAAUCUUUGUAUAUAUGCAUACUGUCACAUACCACCCCUAGAUAGAGAAGUAACUUCCUUUCAUUUCAAUGCAACGUAUUUCCAGUCUAGGGAAGUAAAGGCUUAACCGUUCAGCUUCAAAACAACUAAGGUUAUAAUGAUGAUGCAAAGGGGGUUUAAAUAAGCAGUAUUGCAUUCUCAGUCUAAUCUCCCAAUGAAAGCUGAAAUGUUGCUUAAACCAUUUUGCACCCCCUUGUCAUUUUACAUCUUAUAAAUCUAGCUAGCAUUCUGUUUUUAAUGAGUAAUUUAAAAGGUUAUAGAUAAGAGCAAAGGCUAGAACAAUUUAAUCAUCAACUGAAAUGCAAAGCUUCUUCAGUUCUUUAACUGGCUUUGUUGCUUGUUUGGAACAGUUGCCUGGAAAACAUCUCAAGAAAAUCAGCUGUGUUGAGCAAUUUACAUAUUUUCCCUUUUCCAUAGUAUAUAUGUAAACUUACAUUUUCUUUAGAUGCCUACUGUGUGAUUUGAUGUUUCCUUCCACUUGGACUAUAUUCCCACAGUAGGUGUUGGGAGACUUUCACCAGUAAAUAACUUAUAACCAUGCAUCUACCUCUCUGGCACAGUUAAGACUCCAAGUACAAGAGUCAGCAGUGUGUUCUUUUUCUUCCUUGCUGCUGUAAACUUUUGUAAUUCAUUGUAUGGGUUUGUAGAGAUUUGAGAAGUAAUUGUAAUAUUACUUAGAUAUAUUGCAUUAACAGUAACUGAUGCUCCAUGGGUCACAGGCUGUUUAUCAUUGAUGUGGGGGCACCCUAAUGGGCUUGUAACAGAAGGACACUGCUUAGAGCAUCACAGAAAUUAACAAAGAGAAAAUAAUUUCAAUGCCUUGGAACUUUGAAAUAGCCUCUCUCUCUCUUUUCUCCUUUUUGACUUUCGGGCCUAACUUGAAGUGACUUAAGUAGAAGAGGAAUAAUAGACAUAAUGUCAAUGUAGCUUCUGUCUGCUGUACCUAGAUGGCAAGUAUUCUUGUAAGAUUCUGCUAGUGCUUGAACUGACAGAAUGUACCCCUACUAGAGAGUCCAAAAAAGUCCUGAACCUCUGGAAGGAUUUUUGUACAAACAUCCCAUAUCAUAUAAUUUUCAUAUAGAGCUAUCACAGAAAAUGUAAGACAUGUAUACCUGUGUGCCUAGUGCAGACAGCUACAUUGCUGAAAUAUACAUGUUAGAAACCAGUUUUAACACACUAGAAAUUGGGAUGCCUACUCUUCACACUUCCUAGACUCCCACAGAGUAACCUUUUAUGUAUACUGUUGCACAAAAGUGAUAGAUGCUUUGGUGUAUCCUCUUUAUAUAGUAAUGUGUUUCCAAAGUGUUAACUGCUGUUUUCUAACUUAGCAUUUGCAACAAUAGAGCCAAUAUCUUGUACUCUUGGGAGAAAAAUUAUCAUAUUUGUUCUUUUUUGUUGCUAGUGCACUUUUCUUGUCCAGUGAAUAAACUACUAAAUUAUAAUUCAGUCCUUCAACAACAGGUGUUACCUCCAUAAAAAGAAACAUUUUACCUGGUAGUUUAGUCAGAAUUACGAUCUCUAUUGCCUGUAGAGUUAAAGGAUACAUCAUGAUAGCUACUGCCAUGUAGACAAGUUUUUAAUAGAAAUAGUUUUUUUUUCUUCAUCUAACUUCCCGGUUUUCAUCCUAAUUUAAAGAGAGCACUUGAUAAUACCUACAGAGUAAUAGCAUUCUCUGUAAUGAAAAUGUGGCAGAACUCUUAGGAUACAAGAUGGAAUGAUGCUUAAAAGUAACAGUUCGGUAUCCAACAGUUUAUAGUAUCCACCUUUCUUGAGUAAAUAGCCAGUACUUUGGAUACUGUUUGAGCAUGUUUGUAAUUAUACUUCAGGGAAAAUAUCUGGCAUUACUUAAUUAUGUAAGUAAUACUGUCAGUAGUUUAUAAAUAUCUGUGCUAAUAGUUACAGAGGUACAUAAGACUCAGGAGCUAGCCUGAGAUAUAUGGAACUAAUUGUAAUUGGCACAGUGUGGUAUGUACUUUUAUAGAAUUGCAUAACUUUAAGUAUCCCAAAAGACUUAUUUUAAGUUUCUACAUUGACAUUUGAAAAUUAAUGUGCUUUGAUACAUAGAGGAGGGCACUUAUUCUUAAUAGUUUUCUUUCAGUUAUACCCAUUAAGAAUUUACUUUCAAUUUUGGGCCAUGUUCAUAAACUUUAAGUCUAAAAUGAUCAGUAGAAAAUUUGUUAGAAGUGGGUGCACUGUUUUAAGUAUUACAGAUGGAGAAGUACCGGCUAAUAUGUCAUUGUAUUAUGGGAUUGGCAUUCACUGAUGUUGAAAACAGGCUAAAUGCAGCAGUGAAGUGCUGUUCUUAGUAUUUAGUCCUGUGUAAAAGAAUUCUGCUUCAGAUAUUGUAGGGGUAUUUCUAAAAGCUGAGAUUAGAAAACAAACUCCUGCUAACUUUUAGAAAUGGGUUUUAAAGGCUGGUUUUAAAAGUGUGCAGUCUACAUGUGGUGCGAUUAUAUGUGCAUGUAAUCUAACAAUAGAUUGUGAAAUGUACAGUAAGACUGAUCAGGUGCAUUGUUACACAAGGGACAGGAAUAUUAAAAUCAAAUCACAUGUAAAAGAAUGCACAUUAGCUCUUUGGAAAACUGGCAUAAUUAUUAAACCCCCAAUAUUUGAAUGAGUACCCUAGGAUUUGCUCUAUGAAAAAUUGAAUGUUUUGAAUGCAACACUCUGCACAGUGUAAUAUCUGAUGGCUAUUGCAGGGAUAUUAUGCAGUGUUAGACCUUUUUAUCCUAUCUAUAAGUGGUUUAGGAUCAAGCUGCUACCUAUUUUAUGAGAAGAUAUGUGUUCAUGUUUGUACUACAGAAUGAUACAUUUGCAUAAUGUACAUACAAGAUAUUACUUUUAUGUUUCUGUAUAUAUUUGGAAUGUGGACCGUAUUACAAAAUGAAAUAGGCUAGAAAUAUCUUUCCCCUUCUUACCAAAUGUUGAAGACAUCAAUUCACUCAAGGCUGGUUUUGGUGAACAACUAAAAGUUGUUACCUAAUCAUGGAUUUUAAACUGAACACAAUAUAUGGAGGAAAGAAGAUUGCUGAGUUUAGCUACUUUUUCUUCUAAUUUCACACUGCAAAGAAUAUGCUAAUGUGUUCAAAAGACUAUUAAUACUUCUUCUGUAUAUUUUGUUCCAAGAAAUAAAAGAAUUCUUGUUUUG